GCAGUCUGAGGAGCGACGCGCUGCAGCUCGGCGACGCCGCUACCAGACCAGGCUUCCGAACUAAGCCUUCGCGGGAUCGAAUUGGCUGUACGGCAGUCACCCGAACCGCGGCCCGCUUGCGGUCAGAGGAAUCAGGGCCCUACCCGGCCGCCGUAGCGACCUCUCUGUAGUGGGCGGGGCCGAGGCCGGGGUGACCCCGCGGGAGCCACCUCUGCCAGCAACAUGUUCAAGGUAAUUCAGAGGUCUGUGGGGCCAGCCAGCCUGAGUCUGCUCACCUUCAAAGUCUAUGCAUCACCUAAAAAGGAUUCACCUCACAAAACUUCCGUGAAGGUUAAUGAGCUUUCACUCUACUCCGUUCCCGAGAGUCCAUCUAAAUAUGUGGAUGAGCCAAGGACCCAGCUUGAAGAAAGCAUCUCACAUAUCCGACAUUAUUGCGAGCCAUACACAAGUUGGUGUCAGGAAAUGUACUCACAAACUAAACCCAAGAUGCAGAGCUUGGUUCAGUGGGGGUUAGACAGCUAUGAAUAUCUCCAAAAUGCACCUCCUGGAUUUUUUCCAAGACUUGGUGUUAUUGGUUUUGCUGGCAUUCUUGGACUUCUUUUGGCUAGAGGUUCAAAAAUAAAGAAGUUGGUGUAUCCCCCUGGGUUCAUGGGAUUAGCUGCCUCUCUUUAUUAUCCACAACAAGCCAUCGUGUUUGUCCAGGUCAGUGGGGAGAAAUUAUAUGACUGGGGUUUACGAGGAUACAUAGUCGUAGAAGAUUUGUGGAAGGAGAACUUUCAAAAGCUACAUAGCUGACUGAAUGUUGCCCAUGUUUGCUGGAACACUCUACUCUGAUAAUGAAGAACGGGUAUAGAACAAAGCAUGGUGUUUCCUCCAAGCACUUUGAGGCAUUGCGCAAGCAGGAAGAACUAGGGUUCUUACGUUAAUAUACCUUCUACAUUAUAGAUUGAAGAAUGUUCUUUUUGACUUCUCUCAUCUCAAAUAAAAAAACUCUUUGAAAAUAUGAAGAACUAUCUCCAAAUUGAAAUCCAGAAUUUUGAACUGGAACUUGGAUGUAACAUUAUAGAAUAAAUUAUAAGCCCUCCUCGUUGUUUACAUAAAUCAUCUUCCAAUGAAAUCUUAAGACUUAUUUUUGUAUUAGUGGUAUCUAAAGGAAUUAGUCUCUAUUGAGCCUGUUCAAGCUAGCUUUGGCGAGGAAGUUCUGUAUUAAUAUCAAGUGCCGUUUGGCAAUUCCCUUUAAAGAAUAAACACUCUUAGUUUUGUUUUCA